AUGAUGGAAGGCAGGACAAUCGAUUAUAGACCGGACGGUGGCGGUCUAGACUAUCACAAUUCUCCUUUGAUGGCCGAGAUACCUGUAGACAAUUACUCUCAUAUACACAGAAGUAUAGAACACCUUAGAUCUAUUGGUGUACCGCCUCCUAUAGACCACCAUAGACAUUUAACAGCGAACAUAACAGAUCUGAGAAGGUACGAGCAUCCAGAUGAAAUACCAGAAAUCAAACCACCUCUAUUAAGACUGUCUGAAUUUAAAUCCGGACUCCACGAUAUAAGAAUAAAUAACGAUCAAGAGAACGAUAUUCAGAGACAAAUGACUCCACAAGACGAAGGUGGUAAGGGUUACAGCGCACCGUCAACACCACUAUCCGAGAAUGGCGGACAAGGAGUACAGGAGGAAAAGGUGUUCGGGUCAAAGGCGGACUUACAACUCCACACCCAAAUCCACCUUCGCGAAGCGAAACCAUAUCGCUGCACCCAGUGUCCGAAGGCCUUCGCUAAUUCGUCUUAUCUGGCGCAACACUCACGCAUCCACCUCGGUAUCAAGCCGUACCGCUGCGAGAUCUGCCAACGCAAGUUCACCCAGCUCUCCCACCUCCAGCAGCACAUUAGAACCCACACCGGUGACAAACCCUAUCGAUGCACGCAAAUCGGAUGCACGAAAGCCUUCUCCCAACUAUCCAACUUACAAAGCCACAGCCGUUGCCACCAAACUGAUAAACCGUUCAAAUGCAACUCUUGUUACAAGUGUUUUACACACGAAAAGGAUCUGCUAGAACAUAUCCCGAAACAUAAAGAAUCGAAGCAUUUGAAAACACACAUCUGUCAAUACUGCGGAAAAAGUUAUACCCAAGAAACGUACCUUAGUAAGCAUAUGAAUAAGCAUGCAGAGAGAGCCGACAAGCGGCCACCGAUUUCGGCGUUGGGAUUGAGUGGAUUAAAUAGAUCACUAGCAGCUGCAGCGCCUACAGCCGCGCCGUUCGCUGAACACCCGUACUGGCCCAAAGUGAGUCCAGAUUCUGCGGCUCACAUGUCCGACGAUGGCGGCUACCACCAGCAGCGAGAGAGUGAUGACCACCACGAACAGCAGCUCCAGCAACAGCGGGCGCUGUUCUCACAACACGAGAGCCAAGACGACCGCAUCCAACCACCUGUUUCAUCCGCUGCCAAUUCAGCAUUUACUCCGAUCAACUCGAUGGCACCACAUCUCAAUGGGCUUUCGCAUCAUAGUGCACUGCCCACUAGACCGUACUUAUACGAUCCCCUGCAUUUCCAACAAGGCAAACAACAGCCAAAUUCCUUCCCCAACCAACUGAUAUCAUUGCACCAGAUCAGGAAUUAUGCUCAUCAGCCCUCCGCACUGCUGCCAGCGGAACACAUCCUUCCACAUGCCCUAUCUCACAAAGACAAACAGUAA